AGGCUCCAACAGAGGCAGAAAGGUUUAAGCUUGAAAGCAUUUUUGGGAUUCAUAAGACAUAUUUGAAUGAACUACUGCUGAUUCCUUCUCUUGCACAUUAGACAACACCUACAAGCCACACAAAAAUCUGUUCUUUUGCGUGCUUCUAUGAUAGGAGAUUGUAGACCGCUGUGAUUCUUGAGCUCACAAAUAUUACACACUGUCGAUGAUCCUUUUAAGGUACGCAAAUCAGCAAUCAAAGUAAAACUUCAUGUAGUAGCUAUAAAAGACUCGACGCUGCCAUCAAUUCCCUCCCACACCAUCGGUAAAGCAACAGGAAGAGCAAGCAUGGGCAUGAUAGCUUCAUUCGCUAGACUCUGCGUACUAAUCCUCCUCCCCUACGGCCUCCAAGCCCAAGCUAGGUCCUCCAACAGAACAACUCCGGCGCUCAUAGUGUUCGGCGACUCGGUCGUAGACCCAGGCAACAACAAUGCCAUCGUCACCACCGUCAAAUGCAACUUCCCGCCCUACGGCAAAGACUUCAUCGAUCACAAAGCCACCGGCCGCUUCAGCAACGGGAAGAUCCCCUCCGACAUGAUAGCUUCUAGACUAGGAAUAAAGCAGCUCGUACCAGCAUACCUUGGGACAGAGCUCGACGCCGAGGACCUCCUCACCGGCGUAAGCUUCGCUUCAGGUGGCUCGGGAUACGAUCCUCUGACAAGUGAAUUGGUGCAAGCUAUACCGAUGAGUGAGCAACUCAACAUGUUUAAGGAGUACAUGAAGAAGCUGGAAGAGAUUGCGGGAGAGAGAAAGGCACGGGACAUCAUCUCCAGGAGUCUGUACCUCGUGAUUACGGGGACCGACGACCUGGCGAACACGUACUUUACCACACCGUUUCGCAGAGUAGAGUACGAUCUCCCCUCCUACAUUAAGUUUGUGGUGGAGACGGCUACAAGCUUCGUGCAGGAACUGUACAAUUUAGGGGCACGAAGGAUCAGUGUCUCAGGAAUAUCUCCUAUAGGGUGCCUACCAUCACAAAGAACUCUGGCAGGAGGGAUUGAAAGAGAAUGUGCCGAUCUCUAUAACCAAGCUGCAGUCAUAUACAACUCUGAGCUAUCAAAAGAGUUGCAAAGGCUUAACCAUUCCCUACCAGGAUCAAGAAUACUCUUCAUUGAUAUGUACACAUCUUUGCUUGAUCUGAUGCAACGCCCUGAAGCUUAUGGAUUCAAGGAGACUGCAAGGGGAUGCUGCGGCACAGGAAUUUAUGAGGUUACACUUACUUGUAAUAGCUUCACUGCACCCCCAUGUGAAGAUGUUUCGAAGUACUUAUUCUGGGACACCUAUCACCCUACAGAGAGAGCGUAUAACAUUAUCAUAAAAAAAAUUUUAAGGCAGUAUCCAUCAUCACUAAACUAAAACUUGAUAAUUCACCAGUAAUAAAUAGAAAAUGUGUUGUUCUGUUGCCAGGCAAUAUAAUGACCAUUUAAAAAGAAUUUCCUGAUCA